UCUCUGCACGAAUAUUUUUUUCUCUUGCACUUUUUUUUUUUUUUAAAGCCUCUUCCUUCCUUUUAACCUCCCCGGGUUAUUUAUUCCAUUGCCUUAUUUGUGCUCUGUACGUCCCUUUAACCACUCUUUCCUCCUUCCCGCAAUGUGUGUGUGAUUUUAAAAAGGAGGGGGGCUUUCCCCUCGGUUGUGUGUCUCCCUCCCCUUCUCCGUCUCUGUGUGUGUCUCUGUCUGUCUCUUUUCUUUCUUGUCGGAGGCUGUGGGAUAAUGGCGUGCGGGUUGUGGCUGUGAGGAUGAGUUCCUGCUUCGUGCCGAACGGGGCUAGCCUUGAGGAUUGCCAUUCCAACCUAUUCUGUCUGGCUGAUUUAACGGGGAUUAAAUGGAAACGAUACGUAUGGCAGGGUCCAACAUCUGCACCAAUCCUGUUCCCGGUGACAGAAGAAGACCCCAUCCUAAGCAGCUACAGCCGUUGCCUCAAGGCUGAUGUCUUGAGUGUGUGGCGACGAGACCAGAGGCCUGGGCGCAGAGAAUUGUGGAUAUUCUGGUGGGGUGAUGAUCCCAAUUUUGCUGACCUAAUUCAUCAUGACCUAGCAGAUGAGGAAGAUGGUGUAUGGGAGAAUGGGCUUUCCUAUGAAUGUCGUACUCUGCUUUUCAAAGCAAUUCACAACCUGGUGGAAAGAUGUCUAAUGAACCGGAAUUUUGUGCGCAUUGGGAAAUGGUUCGUGAAGCCUUACGAAAAAGAUGAGAAGCCUAUAAAUAAAAGUGAGCAUUUGUCCUGCUCCUUCACCUUCUUCUUGCAUGGGGACAGCAACGUUUGUACCAGCGUGGAAAUUAACCAGCACCAGCCUGUGUACUUCGUUAGUGAAGAGCACCUCACCCUGGCUCAGCAGUCUAACAGCCCUUUUCAAGUUAUUUUAAGUCCCUUUGGAUUAAAUGGUACACUCACUGGACAGUCGUUCAAGCUAUCUGAUUCGACUACGAAAAAAUUGAUUGGUGAAUGGAAACAGUUCUAUCCUAUCACGUCCAACCUGAAGGAGGGAUUGGAGGAAAAACAAGAAGAGAUGGAUUGGGAGGAUGACUCUCUGGCUGCUGUGGAAGUCCUCGUUGCUGGCGUGAGAAUGGUCUACCCAGCAUGCUUUGUUUUAGUUCCUCAGACAGACAUUCCUGCUCCUAGUACUGCUGGGUCAAGCAACUGCUUGGGUGUCCAUCAAGUGCCUGCUUCCACAAGAGAUCCAGCUAUGUCCUCAGUCACUCUGACUCCACCUACGUCCCCAGAAGAGGUUCAAACAGUUGAUGCUCGUUCAGCCCAAAAGUGGGUGAAGCUCUCUUCUAUUUCUGAUGUAUUCAGCUUUGACAGCAUUAGUCACCAUGGGGGCAAAAUCCCUCGAAAGCUGGCCAAUCAAGUGGUUGACAGAGUCUGGCAAGAAUGCAAUAUGAAUAGAGCACUGACCAAGAGGAAGUAUUCUGCUACAUCAAAUGGCUUAUGUGAAGAGGAGAUGAUUGACAAAAUGUCAUUUUGGGAGUUUGUUGAAGCCACGCAGAGGGCAAAUUGCACUUGCUCAAGGUACAGAAUCCUCAAGCCGAGACUUGCGAUUCAGCAGGGGCCAGUGCCUGCCUUGGGCCAGCAGCAGCAGGCAGCUCCAAAGCACAAGGCGAAUGAGAAGCAAGAGAAAGGAGAUAAGCCCCAAAAGCGUCCCCUGACUCCAUUUCACCAUCGUGUGUCUGUUACUGAUGACAUUGCCAUGGAGGCAGACUCGGCCAAUCAGAGGCUUGUGAUCGCCACCUCAGACAGCCAAGUGAGGUUUUCAAAUCUAAGAACUAACGAUGUAGCAAAGACUCCUCAGAUGCAUGGCACUGAGGUGGCGAAUUCUCCCCAGCCACCCCCCCUCAGCCCUCACCCGUGUGACGUUGCUGACGAAGGGGCAACCAAAGCUCCUUCCACUCCCCAGAGCCAGCAUUUCUACCAGAUGCCAACUCCGGAUCCUUUGGUUCCUUCAAAAGCAACGGAAGACAGGACAGAGGGCUUGACCCAGGCUUUCCCAGCUCAGUUCCCAGAGGUCAUGGAGCCCACAGUGUAUGUUGGCACAGCGGUGAACUUAGAAGAAGAAGAUGUGGGUUCUAUGUGGAAGUAUUAUAAGGUUCCAAAGAAAAAGGAUGUGGACUUCUUGCCACCGCAGCUCCCGGGUGAAAAAUUUAAGGAUGACCCUGUGGGAUCUGCAGGGUUAGACAACUUGCCUUCAGCUACAGAGUUAAUGGUGCAAUGUAGAAAACCUCUAAAGGUCUCUGAUGAAUUGGUGCAGCAGUACCAGAGCAAGAACCAGUAUCUGGCAGCAAUAGUAGCUGACCAGGAGCCAGAAAUGGACCCGUAUGCAUUUGUUGAUGGAGAUGAAGAAUACCCUUUUCCUGAUAAAAAGGACAGGCAAAACAGUGAGCGAGAAGUUGGGAAAAAACACAAGGCUGAAGAUGGGACACCCAAUGUUGGAGAGGAUGCAAUGUCCCUUUUUAGCCCAUCUGUCAAACAAGCAACAGAUGCGCAGCGUAUUCCCCCUCACAAUCGCACGGCAUCAACUAGCUUGUUUCAUGAAAAUGACCUGGUUGUCUCUUACACUGACCUCGACAAUCUCUUCAACUCUGAUGAAGAUGAACUAACACCUGGAUCUAAAAGAAUGCUGAAUGGAGCAGAUGACAAAUCCAACUGCAAGGAGUCAAAAGCAGGAAACCUGGAUCCGUUGUCAUGCAUAAGCACGGCAGAUCUUCAUAAAAUGUACCCCACACCACCAUCUUUGGAGCAACACAUUAUGGGGUUUUCUCCCAUGAAUAUGAACAGUAAGGAAUAUGGCAGCAUGGACACCACGCCUGGAGGGACUGUCUUGGAAGGAAAUGGCGCUACUGCUGGUGUUCAGUUCAGAAUUGAAGUAGACGAGGGAUUCUGUAGCCCCAAACCCUCAGAAAUAAAGGAUUAUUCCUCGGUGUAUAAGCCUGAGAACAGCCAAGCUUUUGUGGGAUGUUCCAUGUUUGCACCACUGAAGACUCUGCCAAGCCAGUGUCUCCCGCCCAUCAAACUGCCAGAGGAGGGUGUUUACCGGCAGAGUUGGACGGUUGGCAAGCUGGAGUUGCUUCCUCCAGGACCUACAAUGCCAUUCAUCAAAGAAGGUGAUGGGAGCACUAUUGAUCAAGAGUAUGGUCCUGCUUACACUCCACAAACGCAUACUCCCUUUGGGAUGCCACCCAGCAGUGCCCCACCCAGUAACAGUGGGCCUGGCAUUCUCCCUUCUCCUUCCACCCCCCGUUUUCCAACUCCAAGGACUCCAAGGACUCCCCGUGGGGCUGGUGGGCCAGCCAGCGCUCAAGGUUCUGUUAAAUAUGAGAAUUCGGACUUAUAUUCACCAGCCUCGACACCGUCAACAUGCAGACCGCUAAAUUCUGUUGAACCUGCCACUGUUCCUUCUAUCCCUGAGGCCCACAGUCUCUACGUAAACCUCAUUCUCUCUGAAUCAGUGAUGAAUCUCUUCAAAGACUGUAACUUUGAUAGCUGUUGCAUCUGUGUCUGCAACACGAACAUCAAAGGUGCUGACGUUGGAGUUUACAUUCCAGAUCCAACACAGGAAGCCCAGUACAGGUGUACUUGUGGCUUCAGCGCGGUGAUGAACAGGAAGUUCGGCAACAACUCUGGAUUGUUCCUUGAGGAUGAGUUGGACAUCCUAGGUCGCAAUUCGGAAUGCGGCAAGGAAGUGGAGAAACGCUUUGAGGCCCUCCGUGCCAGUUCUGCAGAGCACAGCGGGGGCUCGAAGGAGACUGACAGGCUGCCUGACGAGCUGAUACUCUUGCUGCAAGACCAGUGCACCAACCUGUUCUCGCCAUUUGGAGCAGCCGAUUACGACCCCUCACCCAAAGCUGGAGCCAUCGGCAACCUGGUACGUGCCGAGGAAAGGGAUUGUUGCAAUGACUGCUACCUUGCAUUGGAACAUGGGCGCCAGUUUAUGGACAACAUGUCAGGAGGGAAAGUUGAUGAAGCACUUGUGAGGACUACUUGCUUGCAUCACUGGUCAAAGCAAAAUGUUGGAGAUGUGAGCAUGCAAUGUUCUCAGGACGUCCUUCACAUGCUGCUCUCGCUCCAGCCUGUCCUCCAGGAUGCAAUUCAGAAAAAACGAACCGUUCGCUCUUGGGGCGUGCAGGGUCCUCUCACGUGGCAACAGUUUCACAAAAUGGCUGGCCGAGGCACUUAUGGAACUGACGAGUCUCCGGAACCACUGCCCAUUCCGACUUUUUUGUUGGGAUAUGAUUACGACUUCCUGGUGCUGUCCCCGUUUGCGUUACCGUACUGGGAGAGGCUGAUGUUGGAACCCUACGGAUCUCAGAGAGACAUUGCUUAUGUUGUGGUGUGCCCAGAGAAUGAAGCUUUGCUGAAUGGAGCAAAAACCUUCUUUCGGGAUCUCACAGCAAUAUACGAGUCCUGCAGGCUUGGCCAGCAUCGACCUAUCUGUAAACUGUUGCCUGAUGGGAUCAUGAGAGUUGGACCUGCUGCUUCAAAGAAACUUUCUGAGAAGUCUGUUGCUGAGUGGUUCUCUCAGGCAGCUCAUGCCAACAACGAAUCAUUUUCUAGACUCAAACUCUAUGCUCAAGUCUGCAGAUAUGAUUUGGGUCCUUAUCUCGCUACACAGCCACUGGACAAUUCCUUGCUUUCUCAGUCAAACCUCGUUUCUCCCACAAGCCAUCCUUCAUCCACCCAGCCUCCGCUUGCAGGCAACUCCACUCCGUCAGCCACCCCUUCGUCUGCUCCCAGCAAUGCCGCAGUGAUGAACUCGAGCAGUGCCAUCACCUCUGCCGCUACCACCGCCAACGCCACCAUGGCCGCCACAGCCACGUCAUCCUCCACUUCCAGCACAGGCAGCGGGAUGUCAGCAAACAAACCUUCAUCGUUUCCACCUUUUGGCAGCAUGAACAACACUACUUCCUCCCUCUCCACGCAGUCUGCAACGGUCCAGAACAGUCAGGCAGGGACUCAGCAGCAGCAGCAGGCGGCUGGGAUGCCAGGGGAAGCCCCUUCUGUCCCUGCACAGCCACACCCGGACAUUUCAGAGAGCACUAUGGACCGUGACAAAGUGGGGAUCCCCACCGACGGUGAUUCGCAUGCAGUCACCUACCCACCUGCUAUUGUGGUUUACAUCAUUGACCCUUUCUCUUAUGAAAAGAAAGAGGAGGGCAGCUCCUCCAGUGUGUGGACUCUGGGUCUUCUCCGUUGCUUUCUUGAAAUGAUCCAAAAUCUCCCUCCAAACAUCAGAAACAUUGUUUCUGUUCAGCUUGUCCCUUGUCAAUAUCUGCUGCAACCAGUGAAGAAUGAAGACAGACAGAUCUACACCCAGCAUCUUAAAUCCCUGGCGUUCUCGGCCUUUACGCAGUGCCGGAGACCACUUCCAACAUCGACCAAUGUGAAAACGUUAACUGGGUUUGGCCCAGGCUUGGCAAUGGAAAUGGCGCUCAAAAGUCCCGAUAGACCAGAGUGUAUUAAGCUAUAUGCCCCUCCUUUCAUAUUGGCACCUGUCAAAGAUAAACAGACAGAGCUGGGAGAAACUUUUGGAGAGGCUGGACAGAAAUACAAUGUGCUUUUUGUAGGCUACUGUCUGUCUCAUGAUCAAAGGUGGCUUCUUGCAUCAUGCACAGAUUUAUACGGAGAACUAUUGGAAACGUGCAUUAUUAACAUUGAUGUACCAAACAGGGCUCGUAGGAAAAAGGGGUCUGCUCGCAGACUUGGUCUCCAGAAACUCUGGGAGUGGUGCGUGGGGCUUGUGCAGAUGAGUUCGUUGCCAUGGAGAGUAGUAAUAGGACGUCUUGGAAGAAUAGGCCACGGGGAAUUAAAAGACUGGAGUUGUUUGCUGAGUCGCCGAAACCUGCAGUCCCUUAGCAAGAGGCUGAAAGACAUGUGCAGGAUGUGUGGAAUAUCCACGGCCGAUUCUCCCAGCAUCCUCAGUGCUUGCUUAGUGGCAGUGGAACCGCAGGGAUCCUUUGUCAUCAUGCCAGAUUCUGUAUCAACUGGCUCAGUGUUUGGGCGCAGCACCACACUAAAUAUGCAGACAUCUCAGCUAAACACCCCACAGGAUACAUCGUGCACUCAUAUACUUGUGUUUCCCACGUCUGCAUCUGUGCAAGUAGCGUCGUCAACCUACACCACUGAAACUGGUUUGGAACUGGCCUUUAACACAAACAAUGAUGGAGCAGAUGGAAUGGGGAUCUUUGAUUUGUUAGAUACUGGAGAUCCUGAUAUUGAUCCUGACAUUAUAAACAUCCUUCCUGCAUUCCCUACCGGGUCCCCUGUGCAUUCGCCAAGUUCCCACUUCACCCAUGGAGGUGACAUGGGCAAGGGCCAAGGUACCGACCGAUUGCUCUCAACGGAGUCUCACGACGAAGUCACCAACAUCCUACAGCAACCAUUGGCCCUCGGUUACUUUGUCUCAACUGCCAAAGCAGGUCCAUUACCAGACUGGUUUUGGUCGGCAUGUCCUCAAGCACAAAAUCAGUGUCCCCUGUUUCUUAAGGCUUCUUUGCACCUCCAUGUGCCUUCAGUGCAAUCGGACGAGCUACUUCACAGUAAACACUCCCACCCUCUUGACUCAAAUCAAACUUCCGAUGUCCUCAGGUUUGUGUUGGAACAGUACAACGCUCUCUCCUGGCUAACCUGUGAUCCUGCGACCCAGGACCGGCGGUCGUGUCUCCCUGUUCACUUUGUGGUGCUGAAUCAGUUGUAUAACUUUAUCAUGAGUAUGCUGUGAUCUUUAUCUGAACUGGCAAGGAGAAUUAAAACACAAUGACGAUUUCAAGCAGCAGCAGCAAGAAGGGAAAGAAUGAUUUCACUUCAGAACUAAGUUAAUUAUUCUCUGUACAAGUCAUUUGUGAUUGGGGGAGGGGAUGUCAUUUUUGGUCACAAAAAUUUGGUUUUGACUUGUGCUGGGGAGCGCAUAACCCUGAUCUUCUGUUCUCCUUUUUGUUGAUGUUUUGCCUAAACCAGACUGAUUAGUGUGCUGAAUCGAUCAAUCAAAAUGUAUUAUAACACAUCUUUUUAGUAGCAAAGUAACCAUUCUCUCCCCCACCACCACCCUGUCACAGUAUUUGUGAAGAGUAUAUGAGCCAUAGGCCCCAGCCAUGUUUAAUGAAUAUUUUAAAAAGAAUGAGCAUGGAGACAAUAAGACGACAAAUGAGGGAGGAAAAACAGAACUUGUCGGAACGCUUUUGGAACACUGCAAUGUUCUUGUAUUGGAUUAUAGUACCUAGUAUUCAAAAAAAAAAUGCCUGCAUCUCUUAUUUAUUGUAAGUUUUUAAAUGUAUAAAUUGUCUUAUAUUUCUUAACCUCUUUUAUAAAAAAAAAUUUCCUAGAAGGUUUAUACUGCCUUCUUGCUUUAAAGCAAUUGGUCUAAAAAUAUAUAUGUAAUCGUCUUAAUUGAAAGUUGCGGUAGGUUUGCUUUUAGAGUAUUAUUUUUUUGUAAGGGGGUUGGGGGGUGGGGACAGUAAAAUUUGUAUUUGGUCUUGAUGUACAGUUUAAUGGGGGAAUAUAGGAGGUGGGUGGGGAGGGAUAUAAAUGUCCAUGCCAUUGUGUGUGGGAGAUUUACAGCUAAGCUGUAGUUGCAGAUUAUAUGUGUACAGUAAUGAAGUUCACUGUGUUUAUAUAAAAUUGGAGAGAAAAAAAGGUACCGGGUCUUACAGCAAUUUUAUAUCACACCUUUGCAGAGUUAACAUAAUGGCAAUAUAUUAAAAAGUGAUAUUGUUAGGUGGUUUAACUUGUAGUGAGAAUUUUAAUAAUAAUAAUAAUAAUAAUAAUAAAUUGUUUAAUUUUUUUUUGUAUUUCUGUUGAGGGCCGAGACUAGCCUUUUAAGGCCUCUUCCCAUUUUUCAAUUAAAGAGUAUGUGCUUUACUGCAAGGACCUCCCACUCCUCCCUGUGCGUGUUUUAGCCAAGAGAGAAUCUGUGUCACCAGAUGAACUUGCAACAUUUUCUUUAAGAAAACAAAAAACAAAAUCCUUCCCUUGAAUAAAACUGUCACUUUCAUCUUCGAGUAGUUUGAGGUUCUCCAUUAAGACCCCAUAGAACCUCUUGGUGCGUGAAUGAAAUCAUAGCAAAAACUGCAGCCGCUGUCAGCCUCGUUGCCAUUCUUUACGAUUUGGAAUGUUAGCCCAGCUUUAGCUGUUUUACACGUACUUAAAAAAAACAAAACACCAGUAAGGAAAACCCAACUGAUUUUGACUUCUAAAGUUUGAUGUGCAUAUUAAUUGAAAUAUAGUGUAAAUAGGUUCUUGGUGAAUUCUGGCGUUUGGACCUGAUUCCAUUAACGAAAGAACAACUUUUCUUUUGCUUCUCCUCCCCCCCCUUUUGUUUUAAUCUUUUUUUGGUUUGACACUCUCUCCUCGAAGUUUCAGGCUCAUGUGGGUAUGAACCUCUCCUUUUUAAGUUCCAGCAUGAUAAAACAUCAAGGAAGAGGGCGUGAAGACGUUGAGUGAGCUGUUUUGUGCUACUCCUGUCUCCUCCUGCCUUCAGUCAGUGAACCCUCUGCUUCUUUCCUCCUUCUCACCAACAUAUCCAGGCUGAGAUGCCUCCUUGUCUUCCCGGAGGUAGCCCUUUUUUCCCUCUCCCCCAUCUGCAUUCUGCUGCUUUCAGGAUUGGUGUGCCGGUCCAUUUGAAGGUCUCCUGCUUCAAGAUUUGUCCUGUGUUUGCAACUGCAAACAUGGUGCGGUGUGUUAGGCACCAUAUUGCUGGGAUGAACUACGUAGGUAGCAGUCAUGGAAGCUGUGACAGGCACUCAUGUGGAUUAAGUGGGGCUUUAGGAAAGUUCCUCCUGCCACCGUCAGCCUGUUGCAGAUACACUCAGCUUGGCAUAGGUUUUUACGGUUUGUCAGCAAUGAACUUUUGCAGCCCCAUCGAAGAAGCCUUGUCAGGCAAAAUUGUUCACAGCCCCUAUUUUAUGCAAUCUGUGGUUAAUGAAUGGAGGUUGUGUCGCAGUUCCAUUUGCUUAUUAUUGCAUCUCACUGUUGCUCCGUGUGUGUGUGUAUGAACCUGUAUUGGAGAUUCAAGUAUCUGUUAACUGCAGAUGGUUUUCAUAUCUGUGUCUGUUUCUACCGCUUUCCCCUUCCUGACAGUUGUCCUAAAACUAUUUGCCUCACUGAAAAAUAUAGAAAAUGAUUUAGCCGGUGUUAACUACUUUGCAGUCCCAUGGGAUUUCAAUGGGAGAGAUUUAGGUAUGUGCUUAAACUUUCCCAUUGAAACCAAUGAAACUUAAAAGCACUUAACUUUGGCUGGACUGGGAUUGUUGAUGUAACGCUCUGUCUUUUUCUUUUUUUUUUGCGGCUGUUUGCAUAUUGCAUCAUGUAGCUUUGGGCUCUCUUCCAGUGGAGGUCCUGCUGUAGAGUGGCUUGUUGGGAUCUGCACAAAACACAGUCUUGUGCAGAAGCCCUUAAAACUCCAGGCUGUUCUGUGGCGAUGGCUGAGGAGCCAAGUUCAUGGUAGAUUUCUUUCAUAAGGUCAGAUUGCACAGAGAUCUGGCCACUAAACUGUUUAAAUGAUCAUCACGUGGUGGGAAAGUUGGCCCUUUGGAAUAAGAUUUAAACUUGUUGCCAUGGAAGCAUCCAAGGUGUGUGUUGGGGUUAGUGUUGGCUGUUGAUGGGCCACUCUGGACUCUUUCUUAGAAGUCAUUGCAGGCCCUGUCCUCUCGCUUCCUCUGCUUGGGGCUUCCCCCUCCCAUUUUCUGCUUGUCCCAUGUGGACUCCAAACGGCUUGGGGAUUUCUCUGUGAAUCCAUUUGAAAUGCUGGAUGCUGAAGUUUCUGCAUCUUACCACAGGUGUUCUAGCUUGCAAAACACUAAACAGCAGAAGUGCCAAAUCACCUUUGUGUAUGACCACCUCAAUCUCGGAUGCUGUUGAAGAGUAGGAUGUCUGUCUUACCUUACAAUUAUCAAGUUAGGUAAGAGUGCCACCUGCCAGGUCUUGCUGAGAUCUAGAAUGAACACACACACACACAUACUUCAGCAGGUAGAGAAGAUAACAAAAGAAAAAGCCUCAAGUUGGAAUGCUUUUAAAAAUGGCUAAAAGUUGAAACAUAGAUCUCUCUUUUUAAUUUGAGGUUUUGUGGACAGCUUUAAAUUUAUGAAGUGGCCAUGGUGACGAAAGCCUCGUAGACCUCUCUGACUUCUUAAUUUAUUUGUAGCGCUGAUUUAACAGUUCACAGAUGGGUGGUGCUUCACACUGAUGGUCAGAAGGUAGAUGAGGCAGUAGCAUUUCUGCAAAUCCCUAACUAGGGUGAGGUGUAGCAUUUGUUCAGAUUACUUGGUUUCCACAGUUGCAGCCUUGGACACACAUUAUUCUUCCCAAACCUUUCUUAAACCUCUCAUUUUACACAUCCAUCAGUAUGGCACAAUUAACUAAGUAUUACUAUACAUUGUUUUUUUAUUUGCCUGCUUUUGAUAACUUUUUUUAAAAUGUCCUGCAUUAUUAUGGAAAGUUCACAGAUGUGCUUAAUGAAGCAUCUUUUGUCUUAACUGCAAUAUCAAAAUAUGUUGUAUUUGAAAACACUUGGCUUUUGAUCCUAUUCAGAAUGCUGUUGUGUCCUGUAGUUUGCUGUGCACCAGUUCUUUGGCACAGCAUAUUAUUCUGUUCAUACUUAACCAUGUAUACAGCAAUGGUUUGGGCUGGGUUUCCUUUUCGGUCAGUUUGGUUUCCCAGUUAGGCAAAUUCUGCUGUUAGCUGUCCUGGUGCCAUUUCGCAAGAAGACAAAAUGUAUCACCUUGAAAAUCAUUUCAAAUCUAAAAUGACACAAGGAUUCUGAAUCACAUAUAGAAAAUUCGUUAUAUUUUCAUCAGUUUCUGAAGGAGUAAAAUUUCACUUUGAAAAAGUUAAUCCUCAGGGUCAAACUUUUCAGGAAAGUUUUAAUGUAUAAGUAGUUGGUUUUCCAAAUAAACUGGAUGUGAGAACCUCGGAAACACUUGGGUUUAAAAAGUUGUGGCAUUGUUACUGAACAUGUCAGUUUCAUAAAUGUUCUUUUUUUAAAAGCUGGGUCACUUUAAGAGGGGAGGAGAGUUCUUAAGUUCAUAUUCAGCAGUGACAUUUAAUGGUCCAAGUCUCCAUCUCUUUAUUUAACAUUAUGAUAACAAAAAAAUAAGGAACAAACACUAUUGUUGCAGAAUGCCAUGAACACUGAGUUGUAAAAAUUGUGAUUGAGGAAAUGGAAAAAGGUUUAUACUUUUUAAAAAAAACGCAAAUGGAAUAAAUUAUUCAUGAAGCCUU